CCACACAAUUACAGCUUCUUCGUCCAUCGAGGCAGCGGGAGGAUAGACUAGACUCCUUCCUUCCUCCCUCUCCCACUCCAUCCGUCACCCUGAUAGCUCCCUAGUCAUUCAACGGCAGUCCCUCGCCCAUCUCAUGUUUUCCCGCCUUCGCUCGUCUCACGGCGGCCCACCCGAUCGCCCUUUUCCUGCUGUCUGUCGUAACGGAUCCCCACGUUCCCCCUGGCUGCACUCCCUUGGAGCACGCCAAGCCAGUAGCAGCGGCGCUCAAGGCGAGAGUGUCAUAGUGCCAGGUCUCCCGCGUGCGUCUUGCCCUUGUGCACCGGCAAUGAAAGGCGGCACCGUACCCAGACUUGUUUCACACCCACGAUAGACGGCCAUUCAAGGGCACGCAUAGGCAGCGGCACGCGCGACGCACAGUGUGUGCUGAAAGGCCGCCUCGACACGUGUGGUGGCGAGCGAGUGGCGACCAGGACACGGAAGGCCGUGCGACGUGCCCGCACUCAUUUGACGGGCGAUGCGACGCCACCUUUGCGCGGCUCCGAGAUCUAUCCCCGCCACACCCCGUUAGCGCCGCUGCAGGGCGAACGCAUCUCCAGCGCCACGCAUAUCUCAAGCCACAUGGCGACACCAUCCUCGGUUCGCUCCUCGUCGUGGCUCCUAUCCCUACCCCCUUCCACACUCCCCUCGUCCUCCCUCGGCAAGACAAGGCCGUCAUUGCCCGUGUCGCCGCGAGCGAUCGGCCCAGGAGGCGGGUGUGGAGCUGGCCUGGCCGUACAUAUGCAGCUUCCC